AUGACUCCAUCCGACUUUGCCGACUAUCCCAAGCCUGUUGAGGCUCCAGCAGCAACUUAUAAUCCGAAUAUCGAGAACAAUCCUGUCUUUCGAGGUCUUCCUCUUGUAAUUGGCGCCAACAUCAUCUCCAAGGUUGGGUUCCUCCAGCAGUACUUUUGGGACAAUGCACGCUUUGGCAUCAUCAAAGACAUGCCUGUUCUUGACGAUGUACCUUACAGGUUCCAUCCAACUGUCACUCCCUUAGGUCCUGCAGAGCCUAUGCUUGAGCUUGGCCCAGAACUCGUCAAGUCCCAGUAUGCAGAGUCGAAUGCGCGAUACUACUCCGCAAGUGACUAUCAUGAGAUGUAUAAGUCUGGCAAGGUGACCCCUCUUCAGGUCGCUGAGGCUCUUCUGCCCCUCAUCUCUAAGCCAAGUGGAAAGUAUGCAGAUGGCUGGGCUGAAAGCCAUGGCAAAGAGGAUCUCGUCUUAGAGGCCGCCAAAGCUUCGACAGAGCGUUGGGCUGCUGGCAAGCCCUUGAGUGUCCUGGACGGUGUACCUAUCGGUGUCAAAGAUGAUACUGAUGUUAAAGGUUUUCACAAUCACACAGGUAUGAAGUACAACCCGUCGGUUGAGACUUUCAAGGAACAGAAGGAGUCCUCAUGGCCGGUGAAGAAGCUCCAAGAAGCGGGUGCCAUUGUCAUUGGCAAGAAUGCAAUGCAUGAACUUGGUUCUGAUACUAGCGGAUGCAAUCCGGCUCAAGGAACGCCUACCAACUGGCACAACAAGAAAUAUUACCCGGGAGGCUCUUCCUCAGGUGGAGCGUCUUCUGUCUCAGCUGGCAUCGUACCGAUUUCUGUUGGUACAGAUGCUGGGGGCAGCAUUCGGAUUCCUUCGACCUUCAAUGGUAUCUAUGGUCUCAAAACGACACAUCACCGGACGGUGUACAUGAAUAACAGCAUGUGCAUUACCGGGCCCAUCGCGGCAAACGUUGCAGACCUGACCAUUGCUUAUCGUGUCAUGUCACAACCCAACCCCGAUUGUCAGGUUCAAAGUCGGUUUGGGCUUUCUAUGCCGCCGCCCAAGGAUCAGAAGAAGGUUAUCGGUAUAUAUCGCGACUGGUGGAAGCAGGCCGAUCCUCGUGUUCAAGAGGGCUGCGACAGAGCAGUUGAGUAUCUUACGAGCAAAUGCGGCUACGAACUGGUUGAUAUCACCAUUCCCUAUAUCCCCGAGGCCCAGAUUGCACACAGUGUUAUGUGUAUCACCGAGAUGGCAGAGUCCGCUCGCCGAAGAACUCCUAACCCAGCUGACUGGCUUUCACUUGUAAGCUCUGCGAAUAAGGUCUUGAUGACUGUCGGAGCCAGAACACCUGCUGCAGACCUUCUCAAGUAUAGCGCUCUUCGAGAGCUUAUCAUGCGGCAUCUGGCCUUUUUGUUCCAGAAGCAUCCUGGUCUUCUCAUCCUCACUCCCACUACACCUCUUGUCGGAUGGCCCGUUGUUCCCGGCGACGAGGCGUACGGUAUGAGCGAUACCAACACUACGGUCCGCAACAUGCUCUACAUCUUCUUGGCCAACUUGACCGGAACUCCUUCACUCUCAGCACCUGUUGGUUAUGUCGAUCCGGAUCAAGGUGAGGGCAAGCUACCUGUUGGUUUGAUGGCUACAGGAGAAUGGGGCAGCGAAGAGCAGCUUCUGGCAUGGGCAGGCGAGGUGGAGGGAUAUUUGCACAAUUCCACGGAGUCUGGUCGACGAAGACCUAGUGAAUGGUUGGAUGUUGCAGAUGUAGUAACGAAGGCAUGA